UGUGUGUGCGCGUGCAUGUGUGUUGACGGUAAGCUGAUCAUAAUGCUAGACCCCUCCCUCCCAAAUAAAAAUAAGAUACAACAUUUGUUCUUGGAAUAAUUUAAUUUCUGUCAACUACGAGGGACGUCCAGAAAGUAAACACCGUCUUAAAUUAAUCAUAAAAGAAAUAAUUGUCCCAAUCAAAACGAUUUAUUUUUGAAUACCUCAUAUAUAUGACUACUUCUUCACGUAGUCACCUGAACUGUUGUGGCAUUUUUCGUAGCAUGGGACGAGCUUCUGAAUGCCCUCAUCGUAGAAAGCUGCCGCCUGCGAUGUUAGCCAAUGUCGAGUCUCUCCUGUGAGAUCAGCGUCUGAGUCGAAGUCCUGCCUGGCCAAAAACUUUUUCAAAUGCAGGAACAGAUGAAAGUCACUCGGAACCAAUCUGGGCUGUACGAUGGGUGCUUCAACUGUUCCCAUCCGAAGGAGACGAUCAGGUUUUGGGUCUGUGCAGACUUGUGAGCAGUUGCAUUGUCGUGAAGCAGAACAACGCCGUCGCUAAGCAUUCCGCGUCUUGUGUUUUGAAUCGCUCUUUGCAGUUCUUUAAGUGUGUUGCAGUACACAUCAGAGUUAAUAUUUAUUAUUGUCAUCCCAUUUCCUAAACAUUCUACUAAAAGAACUCCUUGCCUGUCCCAAAACACUGUAAUUACUGUAGCAACAAAGACAACGAUGUUUCUUAACCCUUUCCCUUCCCCUUCCAGCCAUCUCCACGGCCGUUGCCUCGUUUGGGGGCACCAUCAUCGGAGGUUUCAUCUCCUCGCGAGUCAAGAAACGCAUGGGUUACGUGUGGAUUAUCUUCGUGACCUACAUGUUUGGUGUUCUUAUGGCUCCCUGCUACCUCAUCUUUGGCUGCGAGAACCAGAAAGUGGUCGGGCUAGAGGGCGACUUUGGCCUCCCGUACAACAGCAGCGCCUCCUGUGAGUGCCCGUCAGACGCCACGCCCCUCGUGUCGUGUGGUGAGGACGGCCUACAGUACCUCAGCCCGUGCUACGCCGGCUGUUCCGUGGAGGACGGCAAGCUGUUCAGGAACUGUAGUCAGCUGUUGGCGCCACAUACAGGUGGGAUGGUCACCCCGGGUGUGUGUGACGCCGGUUGUGACCAGAACUUCCUCAUCUACGUCGUACUUCACGGCGCUCAGAACCUCAUAGAGAACCUGUCCAACAUACCCAGGUCUUUGCUCAUCCUCAGGUACAUUCUUGAAUUUAUUUUUUUUAAGUUUCUUUUUCGGUUUUCUAAUGUUAUGUAUUAAUUUAGUUUGAUUACAUUUUUUUUGUUUUUCUGUCUUUCUUCCAUUCCUUUUUUUCUCGUUUGUACUUU